AAUCACUUAGAGUGUGGCGUGUUCUCAAGAGUCGGUGUUGCCUGCAGAGAUAGUUUCAGUUCAGACGACGGUAGGUACCUACAUGACUAGAGCUGUAAAUUCUUGGUCCUGAAGGAACAAACUCGCAGACUUCACGAAGUAAUUCUGGUAUAGUUCCACGAAGCAAGCAUAAUCCAUGAUUGUUGGCCACAUGAACGACAGUGUGGCGGGUCCCCACCUAUCUGCAGUUUCGAGCAUGUUGUCCCAGACUUCAUGCCCCAACGUCAACCCCUCCUCCCCCAGUCCCAUGCUCCCGUCGUUUGGAUUCACGCAGGAGCAGGUAGCCUGCGUAUGUGAAGUGCUUCAACAGUCCGGUAAUAUUGAAAGGCUCGGCCGGUUCCUCUGGUCUCUACCGGCCUGUGAGCAUCUUCAAAAGAACGAAAGUGUGCUAAAGGCUAAAGCUCUUGUAGCUUUUCACCGAGGCAACUUCAAGGAACUAUAUCGGAUCCUGGAGAGUCACAACUUCUCGCCGGCCUCCCACUCGAAACUCCAAGGACUCUGGCUCCAAGCUCAUUACACUGAAGCAGAGAGAAUCCGCGGCCGGCCAUUGGGUGCAGUCGGCAAGUACCGGAUCCGCCGAAAGUUCCCGCUGCCUCGAACAAUAUGGGACGGCGAGGAAACUAGCUAUUGCUUCAAAGAGAAAUCACGGAACGUACUCCGAGACUGGUACUCACACAAUCCUUACCCCUCACCACGUGAGAAGCGCGAGCUAGCUGAAGCCACUGGACUGACCACCACUCAGGUCAGCAACUGGUUUAAAAAUAGAAGACAAAGGGAUAGAGCGGCUGAAGCGAAAGACAGAGAUGGGGAGAGGGAAAAAACAUCGAUUCAAACAAGGGCUCCGAAGCAGAAGUCUCAGAAAAAGAUGACCAUAAAACGGGAACAGACCAUCGACAGCUGCUGCAAAAUUCUGACUCCGAACCCGCAAGCAGUUCUGAUGGGAUCUUCGGCACGGAAAUGAAAACUGCAGGCAUGAGUGUUGCAACUCCCAGCCCAAUACUACAGCAUCAUCCAGUCGCUACUCUCUCGCCAACUUCAUCGGUCGGAGUCUCUCAAACCGCCGCCAUAAGUGGCGCUUUCCGCUUAAGCCAUCCAUCGGAGUUUCCGACGGCCAUGCACGGAGCACUGAUGCAUUCACAGCUGGGAGACUUCGGAUUAGGCCUGCCUACAGAUUAUCAUUCUUUAUGACGGUCAGUGGCGGGGCCUGUCCGAUGGUAGAGCCAAGGUGUCCGGCCAGGACCCGCCGCCAACCGGUACCGCAUGCUCCUCUGAGUUUCUUCAUUCCCUUGUUAGAACCCGCAGUGUGAGCUGGUGUUUUGUACUUUAAAAUUAAUUUAUGAAACAGACAAUGGCCUCCAUGUUUGUACAUGUAAUGUAGUUUUGUUGUGGCAGGGUGUAAAAAGUAAUUUCACAACACGUAUCUGUGCAUGCAGGAUGUGGAGAUGUGUUUGGAUUUGUUGUGACAUACUCACCUUAAUAUUCUGUACAUAUAUAACUAGUGCCCAUAACGAUGAAAACGUGUGAAUUUGAUAAAAUAGAACGUCAUGAAGUUCAGUUGAAAUCAAUCCAAAAUAAAGCACGUGUUCUGUUGAACUUGAGAUGACCUACAAACAUAUCAUUGCUCUUUCCCUGCUUUCUUUUGAAUAAAACAAUCGUGAAAAAAUUCCAUUUUUAGCAUAAGAUGUACUCACCAAACAAUUAAUAAUCAAACUUACACGAUCUUUUUAGUAGCGUUAUCACCGUUCCCAGAAAAAAGUUUAGGGAUGUAACAAGUGAAGUUUCCGCACUUCAUAAAACUAUACUGAGCAUUUAACUCAUCUCACCAGCUUUUAAUGUAUCCGUAUUAAAUAAUUAAAAAACUCAUAUUAAAUAUCAAUAUUAUACAUUUAAAGUACAUAGAACAAUGGAAUAUCUUUAAAAUAAUAACAGGUGAUAAAGUAUAGUAUGAAACUAGAAUUUCACUUGAGAAUUUUUAAUUUUUGGUUGUUUAGGAACAAUUCUCUAUUAUUAUAUAUUUAGUCAUAUAUAUUAAGCCCUUGCCAAAUAACCUAAAGUUAUAUAACAAUAUUUUUUGGUUUUGUGAUAAAUUUUAGUUUGGAAAAAAAAGUCCUAGUCACUACAAUCUAUACCGAUCCACUUCUCUCAGUUUAAAAAUACGUGAACAAAACUAUUUUAAUGAUAAACAUUACUAUUUAUUAGAAAACUCCUCGGUGUCUUUUUUUUUCAGUACUCUACACCUCCAUAUUUGCUGUCACGUGUAACUAGUGGAGAAGUUAGACUACUACUAUAAAAACAACUGUUUUACCUCACGACCAUUAAUGUUUUUGUAUAUAGCAUUGACCAAGAUGACUAAUCAUUUUUUAUAUCUUUCUUCACAACAGAGAGCGCUUCCAAACUGAACUUUUCUUUUAACUUUUCUUAUUUCCUCAGAAUAUCAAAAACUUUCUAUUUCCUUUACGCCUUACUGAGUGUUUUACGAUAUUGCAUGAGUCUAUAGAUAAACACCUAAAAGGAAAUAUAAGCUAUUACAGCUGAAGAAAAAUAACACUUGUAUUAUGUUAGUUGUAGUCGUCACACAAACUAGGCAUACAUAUAUAUUCUAUGAAAGUAUAAACUGUAAAGUGCGUGUUCAGGUUUUUUAGUAAAAUGCUAUGAAUAAUAGAAAUAAGAGAGAUAAAACUACAUAGAAAUUGUGCGAAUUAUCUAGGUUAUAUUUCGAGGUAGUUUAUAAUUUUUUCAAUAAAGUUUGCUUCUACAAUUGUAAUGUUCAUAACUUAAUCAAAAUCAUUCAAAUAAUGACAGCAUGUACAGGAAUUAGGCACGCUAUUGUUUUGAACAGCCGGAGCCUCACUUUGUUAUAAACUCAAUGAUUAUACAUUUAGUAACUUGGUUCUAAAUAAAACAUCUUCUUAAAACUAGAAAACAUGUGAAGGUCAAACUAUGAUUUUACAUGAAGGAUAACACACUUCAGAAACUAUCAUGAUUAAAUAGAUUUUUAUAAAGCAACGUGUAACAGUCCAUAAUAACCCAUACAUUUAUUAAUACAGUUUUGUUUUGUUUUUUGUAUACUAUGCAGCUCUACAUUUUUAUCAAUAAAAUCGAGAUCUUUCUUUGAACUUGUUGAAAAAUACAACUUAAAUGUUUAAUUCGUAAUUUUUAUGAGUGGCACUCUUAGACUAUAGUUCUUGCUUUUUGAAACCAAUAUUUAUCUAAUUCCCCAGUAAUUGUGAUGUGCAACACGUGUGAAAGUUAAAUAAUCUGCUUAUGGUAAGGAUAUGUAAAUAUUAGAUAAAACUUUCCCAAAUUUUGAUGCUGUAACCAAACGUAGUGACUAGAAUUAAGCCGUUUUGCCAUUACAGAUGGCGCUGCAGUUGUUGUACAGUAAUGCCAACUGCUGAAUACAUCUGUUUAUACUUGUGUGUUUAUGAAAACAUGAUGUUCAUAUAUUAAUUGGUGUGCAUAAUAUGUGUAUUUCAGCACAAAGUGUUGUGUAAAUAAAUUAAAGACUUUUUUGAAACCUAA